UUAGCAACCCAAAUUAGAGGGAGGCUGGUCUUUACCGCGGUGUCGGAUUUCAGUCGGCGAGGUGCGGCGUGUCCACACGGCGCACAGCUCACGCUGAAUUAGAUGCUUGAGGGACCGUUAUGCGGAGGUGCGCGUUGCUUUUGUGUUUGAUCAUUGGGGAAGUGAUACACAGGACAAAGUGGCCUUUCGUUUGAGAUUGCAGGGAGAAAUCUCUGAACUGCGCAGUCUGCUUGCUUACACCUGACGGGCAGCCGGCAAGCAGCAGUGUGUUAUUUGCCGGUGAAAGCAGUCCGUUAGUGAAACCCCUGGAAAGGAAGAGAAAUCAGGUUUUAAUCUGGUAUGGAUUUUACGAUGUCUUGGUAAAACAUUCGUUUUGCACAGACUCGCCAACUGCUACUGGAUCUCUCGUCAGAACGAUCUGCAAAUACAUCUGCACACAAAUAGGAUUUGGGGGCACAACGGACCGCACAGAGAGAACGGCCGACCUCAGUCAGAUGAAUGAGUAAGAAACCAGGCUGCAGUGACGCUGUUCAAAGGCUUAAGAGACAACAUGUAUCAUCGGUUUUACAGCCAAGGAGGCUGGAGGCUCAGGAUAUUGCUGCUUGUGCUCGUGACUGCAGAAUCGGUAAGAAUGACGGUCAGCGCAAACGCUGUGCCCGGUGUCCUGGAACUGCAGCUGGACGAAGAGCAGCCGGCUGGUACGAUCGUGGGGGACAUUAGUGCCGGAUUACCUCCUGGAGAAACCGCGUCACUCUACUUCAUCUCCGACCACGAGGGCACCGGAAUAGGGAGCGACCUUCACAUCGACGAGACCACCGGCAUUAUCCAGACCGCUCGCCAGCUGGACAGGGAGGUGAGGGAUCACUAUGGCUUCAUAGCAGUCACAAUGACGGGCCUCACGGUGAAAGUGUCCAUCACGGUGAAUGAUAUCAAUGACCACGCUCCGGUCUUUCCCAAGAAGAAGGCUUCGCUAAAGGUCCCUGAACAGACUGCAGUGGGGACCAAAUUUUCGCUGGAGCCGGCAACCGAUGCAGACAAAGACCAGCUCACCACUCAGGGGUACCUCAUCAAAGAAGGCAACGUGGGCCAAGUGUUUCGACUGGAGACGAAGAGAGCGGCAAACAAGGUCCUUUAUCUGGACCUGGUGGUCAAUGGUAUCCUAGACCGAGAGAAGAGGGCAUCUUACUCUUUGGUUCUGGAGGCCUUUGAUGGGGGUUCUCCUAAGAAAACUGGACAGAUGACUCUUGACGUGAACGUGCAGGACAUAAAUGACCAUGCUCCUGUUUUUAAUCAAAGUAGAUACCAUGCCAUCAUCUCUGAAAGCCUCCCCCAGGGUAGUAAUAUCCUUCAAGUGUUUGCCUCAGAUGCAGACGAAGGUGACAAUGGUCUUGUGCUUUAUGAGAUCAACCGCCGGCAAAGUGAUCCAGAUAGAUACUUUGUCAUUGACCCUCGUUCUGGAAUUAUCACACUUAACAAGCACCUGGACUUUGAAGUAAGGAAGGUGCAUGAGCUGGUAGUGCAGGCCAAAGACAACGCCAGCCAUCCCGAGAUUACGAAUGCCUUUGUCACUAUCCAUGUCCGUGACUACAAUGACAAUCAGCCAACUAUGACUAUUAUCUUCCUCAGUGAGGAUGGGUCUCCUCGAAUAUCCGAGGGUGCCCAACCUGGGCAGUAUGUUGCCCGUAUCUCAGUCUCAGACCCUGAUUAUGGUGAAUAUUCCAAUGUUAAUGUGUCCUUAGAAGGUGGAGAUGGUAAGUUUGCUCUCACUACUAAGGACAGCAUAAUUUAUCUCAUCUGUGUGGACCAGGUUCUGGAUCGCGAAGAGAGGGACUCAUAUGAGCUCCGCGUCAUGGCAACAGACUCUGGCACUCCGCCACUCCGAGCCGAGUCCUCCUUCACAAUUGAAGUCACAGACAUCAAUGACAAUCCACCCCUGUUUGACCAGCAAGCAUAUAAGCAGACUAUUCCAGAAGUGGUUUACCCAGGUAGCUUUGUGCUACAGGUGACAGCACGAGACAAAGACCAAGGCCCCAACGGCGAUGUUCGCUAUAGCAUCCUGCCUAACAAGGGGACACAUUCCAAUUGGUUCACUAUUGACCCUGUGACAGGGAUCAUCACUACAGCUACACAGCUGGAUUAUGAGACCGACCCGGUGCCAAGUGUCAAGGUGGUAGCUACGGACAGAGGGAAACCUCCUUUAUCCUCCACUGCCCUUGUGGAAAUCAGCCUGCAGGAUAUUAAUGACAAUGAGCCCGUCUUUGAGAGCGCCUUCUACAAUGUGUCCAUCAAGGAGAACACAGCUGCCGGGACCUGUUUCCUCGAGGUGACAGCGAAAGACGCUGAUGGCGGUUCCUUUGGUGCCGUUACGUACUCGUUAGGGUCGAGUUCCAGCAACUCUGCCCCCUUGCUGUUCAGUAUUAAUAAAGAGACGGGCCAAAUCUGCACCAGCGCCGGCAUGGAUCGGGACGGGGGACCAGAGAGCUAUGAGUUUACAGUCACUGCGGCUGACGGGGGUGGCCUGAGUACGCUGGCCUAUGUGAACGUGUCUCUGCUGGACAUCAAUGACAACAGGCCCACGUUUUACCCAGUGAACUAUGCCAUGAGCCUGAGCUCUCAGAGUGCGCCGGGCACCUCCGUCGUUAGGGUGACGGCUCACGAUCCAGACGCUGGUGGGAACGGCAAGGUGACGUACCGCACCGUGCCGGGAGGAGGCUCUGACUUCUUCACCCUCAACAAAGACACAGGGGUGAUCUCGCUCUCGCGCUCCCUGCACGGAAGGGCCAACUCUGUCAUCACCAUGGUGAUCACGGCACUGGAUGGGGGUGGGCUCACGGCGCCGGUCAACGCCAGAGUGAACAUCAGCGUGGUGGCAGGCUCUGUAGCGCCCCCUGUGUUUGAGCAGGCACAGUACUUCUUCACUGUGUCGGAGGACGUGCUGCGAGGCACCGAGGUCGGCGUGGUGCACGCCAGCAGCAGAAACGGAGCUGUGAAGGACGUAGUUUACACCAUCUCCUCUGGCGACCCAGACGGCUAUUUUAUGGUGGACCCAGAGACGGGCGCGCUGCGCACCAGCCUACCGCUGGACCACGAGGCCCGGCCCUCGCUGGAGCUGGAGGUGCAGGCACGGAGCGGGUCCCCACCCGCCUUCGGCCAGGCGCGGGUACGCAUCAGCGUGGGCGACGUCAACGACAACGCGCCCACCUUCGUGCCCUCCUCGUCCGAGUCGCUGCUCUUGCCUGAGGCCACCCGGGUCGGCACGGUGGUGUACCGCGUGCAGGCCGAGGACCGCGACUCUGGCGCCAACGGGCAGCUGAGUUUCGACCUGCUGCCGGCCGGAAGCCAGCGCACGUUCGGCGUGGAGCGCAGCAGCGGCGAGGUGCGGCUGAUCGGCAGCCUGUCGUACGACAGCGUGCCUCGCCACGACCUGCGCGUGCUGGCAAAGGACAGCGGCACACCGCAGCUGAGUGCCACAUUCACACUGGUGGUGCACGUGCAAGCCGAGGACGGCCAGGGGCCCGUGUUCGACACCAUCACCUACCGCGUGGAACUGAAGGAGAACACAGCUCUCAACACACGCUUCCUGCAGGUGCGUGCCCUCAACAGGGACCCUGGCGGGAACGGUGCCCCCGCUGGGGGUUCCGCCCCUGCCGCUCCGCUCUCCUACCACCUCCGGCCCGAUGGCGACGCGGCCGGGUUCGGCAUCGCCGCCGACAGCGGCUGGUUGUUCGUGAAGAGCGCCCUGGACAGGGAGGCCAAGGACAUCUACCUGCUGACCGUGCUGGCCACGUCGGGCAGCGGACAGAUGAAGAAAACGGGCAGCGCCACCGUGAGGGUCGCCGUCACCGACGAGAACGAUAACUCCCCGCGUCUCUCCCAGGACAGGGUCUUCUUGGCGGUGAGGGAGAACCUGCCCGCAGGUACAGGCUUCGGAAGAAUCGCAGCCACAGAUCGCGAUGCCAACCUCAACAGCCGCCUCACCUAUAGACUGCUGCACACCGAUCGCAACUUCCAGAUCAACUCCCAGACUGGCGAGAUCAGCACCAGAGCGGCGCUGGAUCGCGAGCACCAGUCCAGCUAUCAGCUUGUGGUGGUGGUGCAGGAUGGAGGCACUCCACCACACAGUGCCACGGGCACCGCCCACAUCACCGUGCUGGACGAGAACGACAAUGCGCCGGCCUUCAGCCAUACGCAGCCCGGCAGGGAGCUGCUCAUCCAGGUGCAGGAGGGCCUGCCUGCUGGCUCUGUGUUGGGAACACUGCAGGCUAAAGACCCAGAUGAAGGAGAGAAUGGUACAGUCUUCUACACACUAUCUGGCUCCCGGGCGGAGCGCUUCUCCCUGAACCCCGCCACGGGAGAGCUGCGCUCCUCCUCUCCACUGAGGAGGGAUGAGAAGGCAGAGUACAGUCUGACGGUGACUGCCUCGGACCGCGGUGCUCCGUCUCAGAGCUCCUCUUGCGUCCUGCAUGUCCAGGUUCUUGGCUCUGCUAGGACUCCUCCCAAACCCAACACUCUCUCCAUGACACUGAACUCUGUGGAGGGGGCCAAACCAGGCUCCGUUGUUGGUUCAGUUCAAUCACAUGACCAACGUGAUGUGGUACUUGAUGGACAGGUUACUUACCUUGUGGUAGGUGGCACAGAUCAGGAUGGUACUUUCAUGGUGGAUCGUCUCACUGGGGAUGUAUAUUUGGCCAGGGAGCUAGACUAUGAAAAAGGUGCUCGCUACACCUUACAGAUUGAGGUAGAUGACUUCUCAAAGGCCUACCCUAGUAGUCACAUGAUCCAGCUGGAUAUCAACGUGCAGGACAGUAAUGACCAUGCCCCACGGUUCCCUGAAGACCCAGUGACUGUCGUUGUCCCUGAGAACAUGCAGCCAGGCUCCUCCAUCUAUACCUUCCAGGCCACCGACAAGGAUGGCAGCGGACCCAACAGUGAGGUGCGUUACUCUAUCCAUCACCGCUGGCCUGACAAUUCAGAUCUGCUGUCCCUUGAUCCAGUCACUGGCGUGCUCACCCUGAGCCAAGAGCUGGACCAUGAGGAAACCUCCAGCCUCUUCCUGGUGGUCCGAGCCAUCGACUCCGCUGUGGAUCCCAGCCAGCGGCUCUGGAGCUCGGUCACGGCCCGGAUUUUUGUGACAGAUGAAAACGACAAUGCACCGGUCUUUAGCUCCCCUACGGCUGUCAGCGUGAUGGAAGACCAGCCCGUGGGUUUUGUGCUGCUCUAUGUUAUGGCCCGAGACGCAGACCAGGGGGAAAACGGCCGAGUGUCCUAUCGCCUCCAGUCGGGCAAUGCUGCAGGACGAUUCAGUCUCAACCCCAACACUGGCUCCCUCUCCAUUCUCAAAGCUCUGGACCGUGAGGAACAAGACAGCUGCGACCUCACCAUCAUCGCUGAGGACCACGGAAUCCCCCAGCAUUCCACCACUCAGGUGCUGUCUGUCCAGGUCGUGGACGUGAAUGAUGAGGCUCCCUGGUUCGAGAAGAGCGAGUAUGAGGCCCAAAUCAGAGAGAACAAGCCAGCCGGAGCAACUGUGCUUACUGUCUCCGCAACUGACCGGGACCAAGGCAUUAAUGGUCGUGUGACUUACGGAGGCGUCAUGGCGGAUGGUUUCAUCAUUUCUCCCGACACUGGUGUUAUUUCACUGACUAAAGUCUUUGACAGGGAGCAGCAAGACCAUUACACUGUCACUGUUUAUGCCAAGGAUGGAGGAAUGCCCCCUAACUUUGCCAAAGCCACGGUGCACAUCACUGUAUUGGAUGACAAUGAUAACGCUCCAGCUUUUGAGAGGCAGCAGUACAAUCUGGAGCUUCCAGAGAACCUCGCGCCUGUAGAACUUUUCACUGUCAGAGCUACUGACCAAGACAGCGGUGACGGUGGUCGGCUGGAAUACAGGAUCACGGCUGGAGAUCCAGAUGGUGACUUCCAGAUAGACAGCAGUUCAGGAGCCUUGUCCACCUCUCGACCCCUGGACCGAGAGAAGAGGCACGGUUACUCUCUGGAAGUGGUUGCCCACGACCAUGGCAGCCCAUCCCUCAGCAGUACAGCCACCAUAAAAGUCACGCUCCUGGACGUCAAUGACAACAGCCCCAAGUUCAGCAGUAGGAGCUACAACAUAGAUGUUUUAGAGGACACCUCUGUUGGGACCGUGGUGCUGGACGUGACUGCCACAGAUGCUGAUGAGGGACAGAAUGGCCAGAUCCUGUACUUCCUGAGCAAUGAGGUACAUGGCGCUUUCACUGUGGACCCUGACAUGGGUCGGAUCACCAUAGCCUCCCCGCUGGACCGAGAGAAGAGGGCCUCCUACAGCUUCCAGGUGUGCGCGGUCGACUCGUCCCCCGCCACACCGCGCAACACCACGGCCCAGGUCACUGUCACGAUUUUGGACGUGAACGACAAUGCGCCCUUCUUCAUCCAAGAUCCACUCAUCAUCAACAUGUCCAGCAGGAGUGUUUCCACCAACCAAGUGGUCGCCACCAUGAAAGCGGAAGAUAAGGACUUUGGGGCCAAUGGUUCGGUGUUCUAUCGCUUUGCCAUGCCUGUGCGAGGCUUCUCUAUAAACUCCCUGACCGGGGAGAUCCAGACCACCGAAGCACUGAACAGCCUGACCCAGACCCAGCGCACCCUCAUUGUAGAGGCCAUGGACCAGGGCAGCCCUGCUCAGUCCUCCCUGGGCGUGGUGGUCAUCUACGUGAAGGAGCAGGAUUACAAGGGCAUCCGCUUCUCGCGUACCACCAGGGACGUCAGCAUUCAGGAGAAUGCACCCCAAGGUACCGCGGUUGCUCAGACACAGGCGCAGUACCCAGACGGCACCCGCAGGGGCAUCACGUACAGCAUCUUCAGUGGCAACCGGCAGCAGUCCUUUAGCAUCAGCUCCAGCACGGGUGAGAUUUGGGUAAAGAGUUCCAGUGGCCUGGAUUUUGAGGACACACCAAGACUCCGCCUAGUGGUGAAAGCGGAAACUGCCACUUCCAGCUCCUUCAUGGCCGUCAACCUCAUCCUUCAGGAUGUGAAUGACAACCUGCCCCGCUUCCAGCUGCAGAACUAUGUGGCGUACAUGCGUGAGGCACAAGGCUAUGACUCCCCUAUUAUUCAGGUCAUGGCCGAGGACAUGGAUCAGGGCCCGAACGGUCAGGUCACCUACUCAAUCCAGUCAUCCGGGCGCAGUGGACUAUUUAAGAUUGACCCUCUGACCGGCAGUAUUACUACAGCAGCCAUCAUGGACCGGGAGAUCUGGAUACAGACAAAGCUAGUGAUUACAGCAACAGAUCGUGGCAGCCCCAAGCUUGCUGGUUCUGCCACACUAACUGUGAUUAUCGUCGACCUCAAUGACAACAGUCCUACGAUUCCCCUGCCAAGGGAUGUGCGAGUACCGGAAAACUCGCUUAUCGGCACGGAGAUUACCAGGGUAACAGGAAACGACGUGGACUCAGGCCCAGCGCUGUAUUAUUCUCUCCGUCUGGACACUCCCUCGCUGGGCAAGUUCGGAAUCCACCGCUACAAUGGCAAGGUGUUUUUGACUGCGCCACUAGACUUUGAAGAGAGGACUUGGUACACCCUAACAGUCCAAGCCUCAGACUCAAAGCACCUGAGUGAGGCCAAUCUGACAAUCCUGGUGGAGGAUGUGAAUGACAAUGUGCCUGUCUUCACACAAGACCUAUACCAGGUGACUCUGCCAGAAAAUUCUCCGCCAGGCAGUCUUGUAGUCACAGUUACGGCCACGGAUCGAGACUCUGGAGAGAAUGGGAGGGUUACAUAUCAAGUGAGGUCAUCAUCCAGGGAGGGGUUUUACAUUGACCCCAGUAAUGGCACAUUGUUUAUUACCCAGAAAGCUGAGUUUGACCCAGAGCGUCCUUCUGUGAGCAUUGUUAUCGAGGCUUGGGAUGGAGGAACCCCAUCUCUGUCUUCCAUUGCCACUGUUCAGGUUCAGCUGACAGAUGUGAAUGACAAUGCUCCAAUGUUUCAUCAUUCAGAAUACAGAGCCACUGUGUCUGAAGACCAACUUCCGGGAGCCACCAUCCUGAGCUUGGAGGCAGUGGAUGGUGACCUCUCCCAGGAAAACUCAGGUUUCGAUUUUGCAAUUGCAAGCGGGAACAUUGGGAAUGCCUUCCAGAUUGAGAGUAGCGUCCGUUUCAUAGAAGGUCGUGGCUUCCAGACAGUGGGCACACUGAUCUUAGUGGAGAAGCUGGACUUUGAGGCGACAGCUCAUUACAACCUCACUGUCGUGGUAUCAGACCGUGGCGUUCCCCAGCGCAGCUCCAGCGUGCCUGCUGUCAUUACUGUGAGCGAUGUUAAUGACAACCCUCCCGUAUUUGGCCGUGCUGAGUACAUGGUGGCUCUGAGUGAAGAGGCUGCAGCUGGUACUGAGAUCUUACGGCUUUCCGCAACCGAUUCAGAUUCAGCCCCUAAUGCACAGAUCCAAUACAGCAUAAGUUCUGGAGAUGAGAUGGAGAUGUUCUCAGUGGACCAGUGGACAGGAGCGCUACGACUGCAGAGGCCUCUGGACUGUGAGACUCAGCCUGCCCAUGUAUUUAUUAUCCAAGCUUCUGAUGGCCAUGGUCAUUUUGCUCUGGCUCCUAUCAAUGUGGAGGUGAAGGACAUUAAUGAUAACAGGCCCUUCUUUCCUAUUGAGACCAUGACUGCAAGCAUUCGAGAAAACCAGCCACCUAAUUCAGCAGUCAUGGUAUUGCAUGCCAUAGACCAUGACACUGGUGUCUACGGGCAUUUGAAGUACUUCAUAGUGGAUCGGUCAAGUCAGGGAAAAGACUUCUUCAUGGUGGACCCGAACACAGGGGAGGUGCGCUCUCGUCAGGCUUUUGACUUUGAGAAGGUGAAUUCCUUUCACUUCAUGGCUCUGGCUGUGGAUGCAGGUAACAAUUCUGCCACAGUCACUGUGAAAGUCUAUGUCACAGGUGAGGACGAAUAUGAUCCAGUCUUCACUUCCUCAGCUUUCGCCUUUGAGGUACCAGAGGGCGCCAAGAAGGGCCAGAGCAUUGGUCAGGUGCAAGCCAUCGAUGAGGAUGGCGGUGUGGAUGGGAUUGUGCUCUACUCUUUUCCCAACAGCUCUCCGUACUUUGAUGUGAACAAGACCACUGGAAUUAUUUACCUCAAGAUGGACAGCUCUGGUAGCUCUAGUGGAGGGGGCCGCUCCAAAAGGGAGACCCGCCUCAUGUCCAUGGAUGUAACGGCUCACAGUCCUCUAGAAACCUCCAGAGUCACAACUGCCCAGUUAACUAUUGAUGUCACCAACACUUCCUUCGGGCUUGCAACCAACUUUAACAUUCUCCUGGUUAGCAUCAUUGCAGCCUCUUUGGGUGUAAUAGUUAUUUUGGUCAUAAUUGCUGUGGCUCUGUAUCUGGUAAAAUCCAGACGGAGGAAGAAAGGUCAGAACACUGGGACAGUGGCUUCAGACACCGCACUGCAGCAGUUGGAUGAAUCCAAGUCUGCUGGUGGGGAGAGCAUCUACCACCAGACUCUUCCAGGGUUUGCUACUGAUCAAGGUGGAGCUGGAGGUUCCUACAACAGAGGAGGUUCCUUGGAUCCAUCACACUCUAGUGGCAGAGGAUCAGCCGAGGCUGCAGAGGAUGACGAGAUUCGAAUGAUAAAUGAGUAUCCGCGAGUGGCAAGCAUCACGUCAUCCAUGCAAGAGCACAUCUCCGCCCGAGGGCCUGAUUCUGGCAUUCAGCAGGAUGCAGACCAGCUCUCUGAUAUCUCCUGUGAACCAGGGGCUCUGGAUGCUAGCCAGUGGUUCAAAGGAAAGAAGCUGGGGAGUCUAAGCGGUACCUUACUCUCCGGCCAGCUUCCGGUCUAUAGAGACGAAGGGGGUGGCUACCUUGGCGUUGGCAGAGGGCUUAACAUAUCCCACUCAAAAGAUUAUGCCUUCCCUGAGGAUGGCAAACCUUCAGUAGAUGGUUCCCUCACAGCCAUUGUUGCUAGUGAUGAGGAACUGCGAGGGAGCUACAACUGGGACUACCUUCUCAACUGGUGUCCACAGUUCCAGCCUCUUGCUAAUGUCUUUACAGAAAUUGCCAGACUGAAAGAUGAAAGUAUACCCCCGAAUAAUCCACGCCGACCCUUCCAACCCAAAGCCAAAACAGACCCGAAACCCAGAAUAGAUCCACCCCCUCUCAUUACCUCAGUAGCUCACCCCGGUGCCAAGUCUGUUCCACCAAAGCCUGCCAUUGUGCGGACGUUCCCACACCUGGCGUCUCUCAGACGUUCUCCCAUCAGCCACGAGGGUUCCAUCUCAUCGGCUGCUAUGUCCCCCAGCUUCUCACCAUCCCUGUCACCUCUGGCAGCUCGUUCGCCAGCUGUCUCCCCUUUUGGUGUCACACAAGGCCCCUCAGCAUCCAUGAUUAGCACCACAGAGCAUUCCCUGGAGCCAAGCGAUGAGGCAGAGAUGAGGAUCUAACCCUACUUUCAAUUCCACAUUGUAAGGAGCCUUGAAUGUUUGGUUCAAUUGAGGCGCACAACCCACUGUAGAAUCUGCGGAUAUGGUAAAAAAGAAGCGAGAAUGACUCGUUUCUUAGCCGUCUUUCUGACACAGAUCUCUGGUAACUGAAAGGGUUAAUUUAAUUUAAAAAAACCCCCGCUAUGCUGCUGAAAUGAAAUGACGAUACCCUUCAUCAGAGCCAAUGCAGAUUUGGGUUUUGAAGAUUUGCGUUUUGCUUUGUGUCACCUCACUGGCUGGCCAGGGAGAUAAGGCUUUGGUGCUUUUUUGUUUUUGAUACUGAUGACUGACAACUUUGAAACUCCAUGUGUACUGCAGAGUAUGUCCAAGUUGGCUGCUAUCACCAUACUUUAUGGACUCCAUUUGAAACAGCACGAAGAGAUUUAAAACAGCAUAAAGAGAUUUCACUAUG